GACUGUGAAUAGCUGUGAUUGCACAAUAAAUAGUUGUAAUCAUACUGGCAUGCUGUCAAAUGAUGUGCCGUAUUUCGUGAAGGAAGAAAUUCAACGCUUAUUAUCCUUAGAAGAAUUCCUUGAAGAAGAGUCUUCAAGCUUCAAUGUUAACAUUACAGCACAUGAUUCUAACUUCUACAAUGCUUCUGUCUCAGGUACUCUCAAUUUUAACCAGCAACAGCAAUCAGCAGAAAGUACUCAGCAGCAAAAAGAUAUCGAGCCUGCACUAAACAUGGAGCAUUCUGCUUCUGGUCAGAGCGAUGAAGAGGACAAAAUUCCCUCCGAUUUAUCAAUCGACCACCAUCCAAACCGCACUUGCGAGUACAGUCUUGAAAUCAUAGGUUCAGAUGAGGACAAAGAAGAAAUAAACUCAACCAGACGUGAGGCAUCCUUUAAAUUGGCUAAGGGCACUGAUUCUUCACGACUAUCUGAUAUUCGUCUUCUCAGCUUAAAUGAUAUUUAUAUAUUUGAUAGAAACUUUUCGUCUUCUGUUAGCAAAUAUUUUUCGACUCAAGUCCACACCAUGCUCAAACCGACUUUAUCUUUCGAUGCUUAUCUCCCUACAAGAGGAUUAAAUUGUUACAACUGGUGCAUGGAUUUCGAAGUAUCACCUCCCGCUGAUUAUAUCACUUCAAUAACCCUGUGUGCUGAUUUACGUAAAGAAGCUUGUGACAAUAAAAAUUUCUUGGAUAUACACACUGCCCAGAUUUUGACUCAGAUCCUCCCAGUUCUAGUCAAUGGCCCUCCUGAAGACUCAACUGAAGAUAGUUACGUACACUAUUACCUCUCACCACUACUGUCAUCGGUCUUUUUAACUGAUCCUCUGUUAAAGAUGAAAUGGGCUAACGGCAAGUUAAUGAACGAUCAAAGUCAAUACAAACCUGAUUUUCUGGUAUACAAUAUUUUCGGCAGCAGAAGGUGUGUAAUUAUUAUUGCAGAGUUCAAACCUACCGAGAAAAACUCGUAUGUUGAAUCAGACCUGGUGAAGCUUGCCAAACAAAUGAAGGUGACCCUAAACGAAUUGAUUAUGAAUGGUGUUUCAAAACCUGAAGUCUGCGGUGUUCACUGUGAAGGUGAAAAUGUGCAUACGUAUAUCAUGGACCUCCCCUCUCCCAAGCUCUACAGAUUAGUCAAUGCUUCUAGAAUUAAACUCUUCAAACGAUUGGAUCAAAUCUCGCUUCUCCCAAAUAAUGUUGCCUUAAAGACUGCUACCAAGGUUGAAACUGCUUCGUUGUAUAGUUACAACAAUUUAAAACGUCCAGCUCCAAAUCCACCUGAAGAAUGGUUAUCAAGUGUAAAGGCUGUCCUCUCCCGUUUACCCAAAAAACAAAAGAAAUAA